UGAGUUGGAUGCACUUCUUCUUCGACGCACAAAGUGGAUUUAAAAAGCGCAACUCGCUCGAGCCGCAGGGCAAACGCUGCUUCUGACUUGAGAGUAAUUACAAAGUCUGGGUGACUGUCAUCGGGAUAUACUUUCUUAUGCAUAUGAACAUUUGCUGGAGGAAUUGAUUUGUCAUCCAGCGUGCACAUUUGUCUCUGUAAAGUGCACCCUGCCUGCUCGGAAGUGACUUCGAAAUUUGCCAGACAUUAAAAGAAAUGAAAUGACGUGUUUUGAAAUGAUGGCAGAGGAAGGUUGCUUGGGGGUUUCGUGUAGGAGGAGUUCUUUGUGACCAAACAUGUAACGGAAUUUUUCCCUUAUAAAAAAGGAAAUUGCCAAUGAACAGCAUCAUUCGGGGCAGAUGUAAAGGUGAGUUAAUUUACAUAUAACUUUGUGUUUUUAUCGUUGUGUUUAUACAGCUUUCAUCAAAAUUAAGGCUACUUAUGGAGAGGUGUCUUAACCUAGAAUAAAACUUAUUAUUAACGUUAUUUCAUGUAGUGACAUGCUGUUGUAAGUACCCUAAAUAAGUAUAGAAUUUUCCCAUUUAAGUAUUUUUAUUUUCCAUUUUUAUUAUUAUUAUAAUUGCUCCAAUUUUAACAAGUUAGGCCAUCAACUUUAUUUUACAUUUUUUUUAAAAUUUUUUAUUUUAUUUUAUUUUUUGUAAUGAUUCAAAAAUCUGUCAUACGGCAUAAAUUUCAAGAUGUCCUUUAUUCAGCCAUCAUUGCUUCUGAUAUAACUUUCCCCACAGUGUUUAUGUUCAACUUAAAUACAUUUUUAAAAUUAAUCAUCAUUUCUACAUCUUAUUCCUUUCACUGGAGGAAUGAAAAUAGUAUUUUUGGAGAGGGAGAAGUUAACACACUGUUUGUUUUUUCACUCAACAUUUUUCAUCAUCCAUUUAUAUACAUACUCAAACAAUGCAUACACACAUCCACCAGACUGGCUCCUUGACAGUAUCUGGAGCUCCAUAAAUGUCAGCCUUCCUAGCCUCAAAGUGACAGGCAGGGAGGGAUAUGGAAAAACAACAGGACAGUGACGUGAAGGGAAGAGAUGCUGGACGGGGGACAGGUGGAGAUCUGCACUUGAUUUCUCCUCUCCCCCCGAGGAGCAGUUGCAAUGCAAACAGCUGUAAUCCAGGAUGGUGUGCGAGCCUGCGAGACAAAGCUGAACCGGGCUUAGCUGAGCUGUGCAGGAUCAACCUUCUGACUGCUGCUGGAGCGCUGCAGGCUCAAGUGCGACAUGAGAGCAUAAAAAGACAGAUUUCGGUGGUAGUGCGAUUGGAGGAAGAGGCUGGCGAUAAUAUUGUUUCAACUGCUGCACAUUUGACCUCAAACCGCUUGAACUCUUGAAGCAGAGGAAGUCAUUAGUAAAAUGUUUGAGGCUUCUGUGGGUGCUGGUUGUGCGGCCAGGUGAUUCUCCACGCUCUGAGCUGGAACAGGAGACUUAUCAUAAACAGAUUUUGUUAAAAGCUGUUGACAGCAUGGGCCUGAGCAACGGUAUGACGACGAUUCUGGCUCAUUUACCCAUCUCUUAUUCUUGCUUUUAUUUGAUCUUUAUGUUCCCUACUAUUUUAACUGUUGGCAAACACGUCUAAUACCACUAGAGGUUGCAGCCAGGAUGUUAAAUCAGGAGUUUUACAAAUAUCAAAAUAAACUUAACAAAAAGAGUCACAAUGACCCACAAACUCCUGUUGUUUUCCUCACUGCACACGCGAGCGGCCAUACUUGGGGAGCGUAAUGUGCUCGUAUAAAAGCCAGAAUUUACCGCGAGCUCUACUUUUGGACACCAUGUGGUAGAUGCCACUUAAAAAUAAUUUCAUUUUGAAAACAAGAUGGUUUUGAGGUUAGUGUGGGGCCACAUGUUGCACAGAACAGGGAAGUAUCGGCUCCAACAUUUCGGUCAUGCGCGUGUGAGGAUGAAGAUGUAAAGAUGCAUGAACCUCCUCUUAAAUUUUGGCCUGUUUGAUCUUUUAUUUGCCUUCUGUUUGGUUGACUUGUUGAACACAUGCCGCCGCUGAUUUCCUCCCAUAAACCUCUCGGUUUGUGAGGCGUUCUAAUGAUCUCGUAUGUGUGCCAAAAAGCCUGUGGGUUCAGCCGGAGGCACAAAGUUCAUCGACAGGUUUCCUCUGAGCUCAGAGUUGUGGCACCUUCUUGAGUUCAAUAAAUUCCCAGUGUGGGGGCUCCCUUUCAGGACUUGAAUAAUUGAUAGAUCAAACUUAGGACUUACAAAGGAAGGCAAUUUAAUCUCCUGACUAUUUGAUGAGCCGGGCUUAGUUUCAUUGGACUCAGCUGAAUGUGUCUGAUAAUGAGGAGAGGCUCUAAGUUAAACGGAUGAGGGAGCAGGAACAGGCAACUUUGAAAACAUACAGAUGCCACAUGUUGCCUGACAGGACGACUGUUUGUGAUGUAGUAUUUUCAUAAAACGAACCAUAUGAAGAGUAGUACAAUGAGUUUUCUCAGUAUGCUAACAGCCUGAUCUUGUCUCUUAUCUGCGUGCUCUGUGAGAACAGAUAUGGAUGAGCUGAGGUGGGCUUUUGGCAGGUUGCAUGGACUCGUGGGAGUGCUGGGUUAUGAAAGAGUCUCUGGCACGGGUCUUGAGUUACUCAGUGCUGGAAAGGUUGCGUUCUGAGAGACUUGGCGUGUCCCGCGCUCUCCGGUCAUCGUUCUCCCUCGAGUCAUCAACAGGUGCACAACUCUUUUGGCUCUUUCCUGUAAAUAUGACAUUAGCGGAAAGGUGUCUCUGACAUAAUAAGUCAUUAAAUGUUAAAAAGUAAACAAACUCCCCGGUGGUGAGGGAUGCCGAAGUGUUUUUCACGAAGGAUGGCGUGAAUAGAUGUAACCUUGUCCCCUCUGGGCUGUGAAGCAAUGCCGUGUAAUUGAAAUGAUCUCAACUAGAAGCUGUAUAGCUCAAGAAACUGAGUGAUGAUGCAUUGGGAUUGCACAAUGUUAUGGAGUUUUUUGCGUUUAAGGGCUAAAAAAUCCAGUUUCAUGAUGAGGUGUGCAUUUGGAGGACUUCAAAACAAAAGGAGACUGUGUUAAAAAAGAGACUUUUUAUCACAUGAAAGGACUACUGUUGUUUCUGGCUCUAUUCUGAAUGGUCCAGCCAACUAAAAGAAAUAUAAUAACUUUUUGCUUUAAACUUUAUACUCGUUUGAUUUAUAUUAAUACAAACAAAGUAUGAAAUGUCGCCUGCUGUAAUGUUUAGACGCACCAAAUGGCAUUGUCCUUUGUGUGAUUCAGAGCCACAACCAUCUCAGCAGCCAAAUAUGGUCCUAUUUUUCUUUAUUGAGCUGUGAGGGAGGACCUCCCAUUGCUCAGAAGCUAACAUGUUCUGUGUGUCCUCUUCACACAAGAGCUGUAAAUACAGGCAGCGUAUGACACUAUCUUAAAAAAGGAUCUCAGCACCAAAUAUGACAAAAGGCCUUCAGUGUGUGUGUGUGUGUGUGUGUGUGUGUUUGAGUGUGUGUUGCCUUCCCAGGGAGAGUAGACCUCACUGCAGUUUGGAUAAUAAACACGCUCGGUUCAUCACUCAAGUCCAAAUAUAGCUUAAGUUGUCUGGAGAACAAAGUGCACGUGGUUUUUGGUUUCCCUGUGUGAUGAAUGAUCGUGGCAACAGUAGAGGGAUUGUUUGAAAUACAGUCAUGAGUUUAUUCAGAUUACAGACAAUACUCGAUGAGUAAAAUGAUGUAUCAUUUUUGGAUGAGUGACAUUUAACAGACAUAAUGCAUCAUUGUUGCAUUGAGCUCGAAUUGGAUGUCCGUUACUUUAGACUAUCUUCUUACAGAAUUGGGUGACAUUUCACUUUAUUCAUACCCAGGCCAUUUGUCUUCACUGUCACGCGAAUUUUGGGAAGCUGAAUUACUCCACGUUAUCAGGCUUACUUACGGAAACCCCUUGGCGAUGAGUAUCAAUUCUAAAUAGACAAUGUGACUUCCGCUAAUAAUGAAAUGUCAAACCAGUGCAGAAGAAACCUGGCUGGUUGAGUCGUGAGACUGUCUGGCAUCACGUCAUUUUUAGCGAUGAAAACAUCCCUUCAAAGGUUGGUACAGUCCAACCCAGAAGAGAUUCUUCUCUUGGUUUGAAGUGGACACCCAUGGUUCUGGAAAGUUCAGUAACUCUUCAGUUGGAGUUUGUCACCUUUUCUCUCACUGUUCAUCUUCUACUCUGAAAGUGGACUCUGUAUUUGUCAACAGAGCUGUCAAUCAAUCUUUUUUUUAGGACUAGAUCUUUGUGAAAAGUGAAAAUUUGCACAUAAACUUUUUAUAAUGACAGAAAGCAUGUUUAAGAAGUAUUUGACAUUUAUUCUAAUUGUCCAGUCUGACUCCUAUUCCAUCUGUUUACAUGGAGGGAGGCGGGGCUUAUGACUCACACUGCAGUCAGCCACUAGGGGGAGCUCAAACGUCCUGUUUCCACUUGCAUAUAUGUGUGCGAAGGUAAAUGCACCAAAGGUCCAGUCAUUCCUAUGGGAAUCUUUGUGAUGUCCUUACCUGUAAUAAGUUUUUUUAAAUUAAACUUUUUCUGCAGAUUUCAUAGAGACCGUGUGACAGUAUGCUAGCAGACUUCCAACCUCACUAACGGAUAAAUUACUUCAAUUUGGUGGCCUUUGUUGGCAAAUGGAUUUGUAUGAUUAAAAAAAUUGUUCCUCUACUUUCAACACCAACAUGUGGCCUCAGAUGGUUUCUAUGAUUUCUUCUAUCCAUCUGUAAAGAGGUGAACUUCCUACAUUACACCAUAGAGGUAUCAUCCAUUUGUUUAUAGAUCUACACACACCAGACGGUUACACAUGUACAGUACAUAGAAAUGAAUGCGGAUCUUUUGGCGUCUCAUUUCAUAAACAAUCUUUGUUUUGAAACAGCAAACGCAAAGCUACAGACAACCAGACCACUCGCAUCGUCAUACAAUCAUAUCAUACAACUUACGACCAGGGACACAGCAGCGUGAAAUUAACAUCAAUUUAGCGUCCUACUUUUUAAAAGGCAUACUCAAUCACUAUUAAACAAACAUAAAGUUAAUACUCGAUCUUUCUUUAUUGACUAAACCAGUCUAUUUCUAGAGAUCAGGCUGUUCAAGUGUACAGGUCAAUAAUAUUCAUCUAAAGUUGUCACUUCCUCUCACUGUCAAUAAUCACAAGGAUAGCAAGCGAGAAGGGUCUUCAGGAAGUCACCUCACCUGACCGAGAAUGUUUAUGAACUCACGUUUUAACCAUGGCGUGCUGUUUUUACACCUCCUUUUUGUACUGAUUAAGCAAACAUGAUAAAACGUGUUAAUUAGUGAGCUUUACGGGUGUCUGUUGGCAGAAUUUGUCACCUUUGGCCAAUGCAAGGUUCGCUGUUUCCUCCUUUUUCUGGUCUUUCUGCUUAGCUAAGCUGAUGAGCUGCUGGCUUCAGCUUGUUUUCAUGCAUGACUCUGAGCUUCUCACCUGUACCUGUGAUUCCUCAGACUGUGUUGACAAAGUAUUUCCCUUAUUAUAAAAAGUAAGAAUGAGAAAAACCUUAGGAAACCUCCAGUAGAGCCAAAGAGGAGGUUUCAUGUAGGUGGUUAAAACUCUAUUAAUAAUAUGGGUCAGGGAGGAUGUGGAGCAAUUAAAGAUGCCAUCAUAUGAAGAACCUGAGACACACAAUCUCCUCAGUCCCAGAAUCAGAGCAGGUCACACGAAUACUCGAGAAGUAAGAGACAGAAAAGCAAGCAAACUAGGAGGCUGAACAAAAGGAGAAGCAGGAUCCAGAUAGACAUCUGGAUGAGAUAUCAACAGCCAAAUCUUAACCAAAUGUGAGUGUAUGUCCUGAAUGUAAGUUAAUCCUAAUGUGAAUAACCCCUUUUGCUGCCUCUUUCUUUUACCAGCAGGUCCUGGUACAACAAAUGUGAUAUCAGGCGCAGUCAAGACCUUGGAUUGCACCUUUUUCCAAUCUGCAGACCUUCGUUUUAGUGCCUCAUUAAAGCAUCCUCAGUAGGACACAUGUUCCCGUGCUCGUGCGCUCUCUGAAGUCAAACCCUCGUGCCACAGCGGGAUCCCUGGCUCCCCCCUGCCCGCCCACCCCGAGCUUCAUGGGUUGAACCACCAGAAGCUCCACCAUCUCCUCUCAAUUCUCUCCUCCUCUUCAUCCUCCACUCAACCCCUCCACCCCCCACCUCCUCCUUCAGUGAUGGCUUCUCAUGCCCGGGGCUUGUUUGGACUUGUAACUGCAACAUCACCCUCCACUACGCAGACAUGCGGCCGCAGCAGCCUCUAGAGUGAGAGAUCCAGAGAGACAGAGGAGGAGGAGGAGAGACAGAGAGAAGCAGACAGACUGAGGAAAAAAGAAGGCUGUGCCACAAGGGAGAGAGAGGAGGGAUUGUAAUCCGUCCCGGCGGCAGAGGGAUCCACCUGUCCCACAGAGGAAGGGCCCCCCCCCCAACCUGAUCCAUCUGGUCGCAGGGGGGGACCCUGCGUGGCCGGGAAGGCAGCAGGGACUAUGCAGCUGGGACUGGUGGCGCUGGCAAUGGUCUUCCUCAGCUCCAUGGGUCACAGUGAUUCUCUCAAGCUCUCCAAGGCGAGAAGGCAGAGACGGGGUGAGUUCUCCCUCUUUCACAGCUUGUUUUUAUCUCUUUUCUCUCCCCUUUUUUCGUUUCUGUGCUCUGAGUCACGGUGGUGGACAUCUUGUAAACAUUUAACAAGCAAAGUAAAGAUAACACAUUGUUUAUUUUCUCAUCACUGUUUUUGUUUUUCCUAGGCGGGUUAUGUUAGGUUCAGUGUUUCCCCUGGAUGGCUCUUCUUUCUUCCUCCUUUUAAGAUCAUGCCUCUCUCAGUUUAUGUAAAACUCUUAUGGGUAUUAAAGUUGUUUACAGAAGGGGGUUUUGAUGGAUUCACCCUCAAAGCCAUCACUCUUUUUCUGUCUGGCUCUGUGGGCACAUAAUGGACCGAGUACCUGACAGCUCUAAGCUUUCAAUUGGACCGUGCCGCUGCUGUUGUUGCAAGCAUUUUUCUGACCUCACGCAACCACAAAGAUGGUGCUCAGGCCGACUCGCAGUAUAUCUCUGGCCCUCGGAGCCUCGGCGCUGGUGUUACUGUCAGCUUUGGAAUAAUUCUCUCUUUACACACAAGGAGCUUUCAGUCACUGCCAGCCUCAAAACCCAACCUCUGUGGAGCAGAAUUCAUAUAAUACCAUGACCGGCCACAGAAACAGAUGUGGUGAUAUUAAAAUCACACAAAGUGGCAGGGAAGAGUUUUUUUUUUUUUGUAUAAUAUACACUUAGAUAUACGCGCACAGUGACUUCAAUGUUAGUGCAGAUUUCAACGUGCAAUAGUAAUGUGGAGAGAAGGAUUUAGGUCACCCGACAUAGACGUGAGCGCCCUCUGCAGCGUCAUCAGAUGUCAUCAAAUUCAAUCUUUUCAAAUCUCUCCAGGUUUGCCAAAAUAUUUUACGUCUCGAGGAAGAGGAAUACUCAGACAGCACAAGCUUUCCGCUUUCUCACUCCACCACGUGUUGCGAACAGUUUACAACACCACAUUUGAAGAUUCAUACGCUCCCCUGUGCUGCGGUUACUCCCCGAAGGCCAUUAUUACUUUUUUAUUAGUGAUCGUGAGCAAUACGGCCUGUCUGUAAUCGCUGCGAUUGAGUUUACUGUGUCUCGCUGAUGGUGUAAUUUGUUCAUGGGAAAAGCCUUUUAACGCGUUAACUGUGCGACUUAUCUGUGGGAGGCAGGACAGCAGAUGGAUUGCUUUGUGAAGAUUGUAUAUUUAGCGCUGAUACAGUACAGGACCAUAAAUCAACCGGGACCUCUGUGGUUUUGUCUCUGAGUGGCUCCCUGGAAAAGGAUGUGCACUUGGAAACACUUUCUAUUGAAAUGAUUCAGAUUACUUGUUGUGUACCUUUCUUUUUCGGCUAAUUUAUUUCGAGUCCAAUCCAAAUCCGAGACAGACCGGACCUUUGGAGAGCCCUUCUUGAUUUUUAGUGAACUUUAAUUUCUCUCUUCUACUUCAUACCUGUUGAAAUAUUUUUUCAGUUCCAAAUUUUCUCUUUAAACUCUUGACUUUUGUACCUUCCUGUUGAUUUUUCCUCCCUUUGAACACCACAUAACUUGGGUUCUCACCGUGCUUUUCGAAGAAAGAUAAGUAUUUACUGUAAGCAUUGAAGAGUAUUUGGGUUAAAGAAAAAGAAAAAAUAAUUUAAGGAGGGAAGUUUGUACCUCGCACUUUGAGAGACAAGUCAAGAGUGAGAAUAAAGUCGAAAAAGUCUUUUAACUAAAGUCCGAAUUUUGCGGGGAAAAAAGUCGGAAUAUAGUUUCGUGAGUAAAGUUGAAAUGUAAAUGUAAAAAAACAGUCAAAAUUUAAUUUCAAGAAUAAUGUGAACGGUCGUUGAAAGGCGACAUCAUGUACGCCAAAAAAUCCAAGAUGUCGUCUGUUCGUCACCCAACACUGAUAAUGUUUUAAAAAGAUGCUAGCUCGGCCAAGACGUCAUAGGCUAAUACCAAACGGCGCCACUGAUCAUUACAUUUAAAUGUCCGGCCUACAAUUAUUGUUGACGACUUUAAGCAUUAUUCAUAUCAAUAUAUGACACAUUGUUAGUAUCUAUAAUGUUUGACGAUUAACCUUUAGUUGCGUGUGAACUUUACAGAUCUGCAGAAGUUUCCUUUCAACGUCGGCCAUCUUUCCUUCUUCCACUUGUCUUCACAUGGUCUUCAGAAAAAAUACAAAUGAACUCAUUUCUAGACUUUGCUCUAUAAAUAGUUUUAUGUGGUAGUGCGAUGCCUUUCCCUCAGCGACCGUUGACUUAAUUUUCGUGAAAUUAUUCAUUUUUCUCAACUGAAUUGUGUCUUUUUCAACUUUCCUCUCAAUACUUCCAACAUUUUAAGUUUAUUCUCGAACCACAGAAUCUUCCUCUCAUUUUUCCCUCAUCCCUUGCCCUAAAACUCUUCUGUAGUUUUGACACAAAACUGAAGUGUGAUUACACACAAUCCCUGUCAGACCUUGGACAAAGAGUAAAUGGAUUUAUGUGGCGGUCAAAUGAGAAAAAAGAACCAAUCAACUCUCUGCCAAGCAUUUCAAUAAUGCCAUUUUUGAUCAUUCUGACUGAGGCCCUGCGUGAUUUUUGCUGACUGAUUUUGAAUGGCUCAUAGCUGGCUGUCAGCCUCAAUCACUCAGGUUCCUCCGAAUGAAAAUCUGUUAAGGAUCUCCGGCAAGCAGUUUGAAGUAAACAGUGAGAAACAAAGAUGUUCGGUCUGGCCUCGUGAUCGGUCGAGCUGUACGCAUUAAUCCCUCUUUGUGGUCGUGAUGAAGUGCGGGCAGAUUUAUGGCUAGACUCGUGCUCAUUCUUGAAUUUCUCCCAUGUUGUUUUCAGGUAUGGUGUUGAAAAAUACACCUUUACAUCCUAGCUUAAUUCAUUUCUUAAUGCUGCUCUGAUACCAAACUCUACCUGUUUCCUUACAGUUAGCACCGAAGGGCCGCCAUCUUGCCCCAAAGGCUGUGACCGAUGUUCGGAGUAUAAUGGCUGCAUCAAAUGUAAGCCCAAGCUCUUCAUCUUCCUGGAACGUAACGACAUCCGUCAGAUUGGCGUGUGCCUCGCCUCCUGUCCCAUGGGAUACUUUGGCAUGAGGAACCCGGAAGGCAACAACAGAUGCACGCGUGAGUUUUCCUUCGACUUUUAGACUCUUGACAAAGUGACAUUGCAUGUGCCACUGUGCACCAACGGUAUGCAUCAGUGGGAACAUUAGAUUUGUAGAUACACAUCUGGAACCGUCCAAAAUACAAGCAGGCUCUAGUUAGCUCGUUGGCAGCAGCUCACUCUGUCCAAAUCCACACAGCUGAUGGCAAAUCAAGCCAGUAUUGUAACCGAUCUGUUUAUCUUUGGCUCCUCAUCUCCUGUUUAUGUACAAAAUUGUGGUUUUUGAAGAAGCAGAGGGAUAUCCUGCUAGCUUCUUUGUCUUGUGCAAGACCUGAAUUAUGAAUGCUGAAAAAAAAAAGCCGGGGGUUCUUUCCAAAUCAGUGUUCUCCUCUUGCAACACUUUUUAUUCUUGUUAUUCCUCUUUUCCAACCCAAUCCCUGCCUCUAUUGUCAUGUUUGUAAUUGAAGGAGAUAAACCCCCAAUUACAGAAUAACAAGUAAAUAGAUGCAAGUGGUAGAUAAUGAGUAAAUUGUCGUAAUUACUUGUUGAAAUAUGUCCGCUGUUCCCACUUAUUGCUGUGAAAAGGACGCAAAAGUAACCAGGCAAGUAUUUGCUGAAGUGGAGAAAAAUCAGUUCGAGAUUGGUUUGGCUCAUUUGGCACGUUGUUUAAAGAGCGGUCGCAAUAUUCAUGUCUUGGUCGGUUCCCAUAAUUUUUCUUUAGGAGAGCCAACAUCGCUGUCUGUAGUCUGUUUCCCCUUACGUGUCGGCAGAAAGCAGGGAUGGGACAAAAUUCCAGAAGAACAUUUCUAAUGCGUUGUUGUUUGUCUGUUUUGAGAGGAUGUCUGUGUUUUUUAUUUGGUCCUUAUGUGCAGGGUUCAAGCCAGGCCACAAUCCAUUUCGGUUGUGUUUUCACUUUCCCACUAGUAGCUUAUCUUAUCUUAUACUAACGAGUCAAACAUGUCUCUGAAGCUGCAACACAAAAGGUUUAUUCAAGUGCGAGUGAAUCUGAACUUCUGCUCGUUCUUUAUAAGUUGUCGGUCUCCGCUGGCAUCCGUACGAUCCACCACCCUGUAAUGAUUUUCUGCUACUGGAAGAAAAAUGCAGAAUAUGCCUGCACAUUCUCAGUUGAAUACGAUCUGUCAGAUACAUAUAUUCGAUGAUGUAUCCUCUCAAGUUUGAAGAACUCCAAAGCUAAAACUCAUAAAUCUGAUUAUGGUGAUGCUUUAUUUUUAAAGUUUGAUAUUUCUCAUGAAGGUUUAAAACCAAACCAUAAUUUUUCAUCCCAGCCGUCACAUUAGGGUGUGAUUUAAUGCUGUUAUGUAGAGAGGUGAACUGAGAGAUCUCUGUAUGUUAUUAAAAGACUUCUAGAUUUACUGCAUCUCUCUUUUGCCUCAAUUUAAAUCACUUCCAUAUAUAUAUUUUUUUAUUUAUCCAAAUCAUCUGUUUUUAUUUUUCGGUCAGACUUUGUUAUCAUUUUACGGAGCUCAUCGUGGCUUCUCUGUGUUAUUAUCCAAUCAUCUUAUUUUAAGCAUAUCACUUUAGAAAGCCUCUUUGCGGCAUUUGUUUUACAUUACAGGGCUGCAAAAGUCAGACUGUCAAAGCUGUCACGGGUUUCAGAAAUAGUAAUUGUGAGCAGGAGGCGAGAGCUAUAAAAUCCCAGAGAGGAUUCCCUUUUAGGUCACUCCUGAGCUUGGCGUCAGACCAGCUGUAGGGUAGACACUAUUAUGUUUUACACACAUCAGUACAGUGAUUUUAGGUCUGAAGAUCCUACAUAUAUAUAAAAAAAAAAACUCUAUAAGAAUUCCCAGAUUUUCUUCUUCCUUCUUUGUUUAUCCUGAGAAAAAUGGAGUGUCUUUCAAGAUGGGACCAAAGCCUUUUGGAGUCUUUUAAGAUGUCUGGUUUAUAUCCUCCUGUGUUUGCAAUUAUCUAAAUUUGUUUGUUUGACUGGACAGUUUAAUGAGUUUGAGGUGCAGAGAAAUCUGCUUUUUGAAAAACGAACUGAAGCCAUACAGUACAUGCUGCACCCAUUCACACACAAGGCAUGUGGUGCGUGUGUUUUUAAGAGAUGAGUGUUACUCCCCCCUGAACAGACCCCGUGUUGUUUAAUCACUAAUAAAUCUCACAGAGGAAGUACAAUUCAAGUUUCUCUUGUCUUCUCCUUGGAGAAAAAUGAGGCUUUUACAGGCAAACAUGCAAUGUUACUCAGUGAGAAGAAGAGAAAUGUUCACACUCACCACCACAACUUGGACUGAUUCCUUCAUGUGACCCUCUUUUUUUCUCUCUCUCUCUCUCUCUCUCUCUUCAGAAUGUAAAAUAGAAAAUUGUGAAGCAUGCUUCAAUCGCAACUUUUGCACAAAAUGCAAGGAGGGCUUGUACUCACACAGCGGGCGAUGUUAUGUCAGCUGCCCUCCAGACCAGCACACCGCCAAUGAGACCAUGGAGUGUGUUGGUGAGUGACCUUUGACCUUUGUUCUUAACUGAUGUCAUACUCCGAGCUUCUCAAAAUAGCCACUAUGAUGACCAAGGAAGUAUAAAUCAGGGCUUAGUGAGUUUGGAGUGAGCCAUUUUCUUCUGUUUGCAAAUGUAUUUUUCUGUUGUUUCUGUGAGGGGCCACGAAAAUGAUUCAGUUAAUAUUGAAAUUUAAAGAAUCGAGUCCUAAAUUUAUGAUAACAGGGUUGUAAUGAUACAAGAAUCAAGUCUCAAGGAAAAAAAAGUUGUAAAUGUAUGAAAAAAGAGAGUUAUAAUGAGAGAAUAAAGUUUUCAUAUGAAGAGAAACAAGUUUAGAUUUUAUUUAAACUUCCUCACAGGCUGCUUCCCCUGCCUGUGUUCACAGACACGAUCAGCUCGUUGUGUGUCUUGGACGACUGAUUGGAAAUUGCAAAAUUUUGAAAAUUUGAUGCUGAUUUUGUAAAAGAUCACAUUUUCAGUUUCUUCUGAAACCUCUGGUGAAGUAGAACUCAACAAGACAAACCACAUUUCUCAUUUUAGUUCAUAUGUUUUUCUUCCCUUUGAGGCAACAUGGGGUAUUAACCUGAAAUCAUUUUUUUCCCAGUUAAAUUAACAGAAAUAUUGGACUUGAUCCUUGGGAAUUUGUGACUUUAUUCUUGUAAAUUUUUGACUUUUCUAAAAUUUCUUUUUUAGCACAAAGGUGGCCCUAAUACUUCAAUAUUGUCUUAUUUCUUUGAUCUUUUCCUUUCUUUUAAUUGUAUUUUUGUCGUGAAGUUAUUCCUGUAGUAUCAGCGCAGCAACAGCUAUCUACCUUUUCCUUUGAUUGUGUUUUUAUUAACCCUCCUCCUGUGUUGUUGUGUCCUGUGUUUUUAAAUGCUGAAAAGAAUCACUUAAAUUUGCUUUUUUGCUUCAAUACUUUUUGACUUUGUCAGGAAACUCUAUAUCAACAAAAUGAAAAAUUUAAUUGUCUAAAUUAUAAAAUGCUGUUAUUAAAAUUAUGGCACUUCUGGUGUUAGGGUCGCUGUUGACCCGGUUAGAUCAAUAUCUAAUAAUUUGAGCAAAAACUAAAAUCAUAAGUGCACUGUCAGGCACCACACUGACAGUAAGAUCCUCCUCCAAUCAUGUGAGAUUGAGGAAAUUCUCAUUUUGCCAUGUUUUUACCUGCAAAAAACAACAACAGACAUGUCCAGACAUGUGAGAUCAGUUCAGUAUAGAUGUCUGUGUGAGGGGUACACUGACAAAGAAAGGCCCAGAGAACCACAAUAAAAAUAUUAUAAGCAAUAUUUUCAUGGAUAAUGAAGCCUAAUAAGGUAACCUAGAGAUGAGAACCAAAUUGGAUGAUAGAGAAUUGUUUUUAUUGUAAUUUACAGCUGAUUUAAGACACGGGUCCAAACCGACCCUCAACAUAGUGGGUGCGUAGUAAAAGCUAACACAGGGGGAACGUGAAGAAAUUUCUAGCUGCAGCAUCAACAGGAAGACAUCUUGGGGUCUUGAAAAUGAUUUUCACGUGACAGCUGAUAUUGUUGUCUUUUUUGUGAAUAUUGUACUCUAAAUAACCAUCGCUAUGUGGUUUCGUUUGAAGUUAAUACCAACUUUCUCAAACUGCAUCUGUCUAACUUGUAAACAGAAUUGGAAACCAUUUUGUUUCAUUAUCCUAAGCUUUGAAAAAAAGGACAGGAAUGCUGUGAAACAGAUGUGAGACAUUAGAGUUGUGAGUCAUUCGGACACCACCUCAGCCUGUCACUUUUCUCCUCUCCUUCACCCAGGUCAGCGUCCGUCAGAGUGUGAACUAGGUGAGUGGAGCCAAUGGAGUUCCUGCGCGAAGAAGAACAAAACAUGUGGGUUUAAAAAAGGCUCGCAAACUCGCGUCCGAUCGCCGAUCUUGCAGGUCCAAAGCCCGGACACGUCGCCUGCUUCCGUGCCCUCGCAGACCUGCGCUCCUCAGACAGAGAGGAGGAAGUGCAACGUGCCCAGGACGCCCUGUGGCAGAGGUAAAUACAACCGCAGAUAUAUUUAGGGGGGAAAUGACUAAAAAUUAAAACUGCUAAGGGCUCAGAUAACCGACCAAGAGGCAAUAAAGUCCAUGUGCUCCAUGAAAUCCCUCCACCAGUUAGCACGAUGACUGAUGGAAGCAUUACUCAACAUCCAAAGGCCUGUAUUCCCGCCAGUGCGUCUUUGACCCACAGCGUGUUGAUUGGGUUUGGUUUGGCUGAGCUCUGAGAAGGAUACAGAAUCUCUUGACUUCUCAGCAUGUAAACAAUAAACUGCAGCUACGAGCCAAGCAGAUGAAGGGCGGGCAUUACGUACUGCAAAGCUGGACGAGGAUCAGAGCUGGAUAGAGCUAUUUGUUCUGAGGACCGCUGAAGCUUGAGGUUUACACGGUUAUGACAUGUUUGCUUGGGCUCUUAUGGUCUCCACGGCAGCUUGUUCUCCAGCAGGUUAACAGUCUUUCUCGCCCGUCAGUGGCCAUUAUCAACUCUCAUAACAGCUCAUUAGCCGAUCUUGGCCUCUUUUACAGCUAAGGCUAAUAAAUGACGGAUUUGGACUAUUGGUUCAGAGUUUACUGGAGUGCAGCAAAACAGCAAUGAUGCUGCUUAUUCGCGUCGAAACAUUAAGUCCUCGGUAGAGACAGAAUCGAAUAGUUUCCUGUUGUGGAAAUGGGUUGAUAAAUCUUAUAAAAGGCAGAUAUAAGAUUGAGUAUAAGCUGUGGAGAGUAAUAGAAAAAGAAGAUCCAUUAAUCUUUGUCUCUAAUUUUCACUUUACACUAAUCUGUUUGGCUAAACUGGCCAAUUUUAACCAAAACUGGAAACUUGUACAUAUUUACAAGGGCUAAGUGAGCUGUAAACCAGCAGCAUUUAAAGCCUUGAGUAGACAGUGGCACGCUUAGGGGAUUUCUGCACGGCAGCAACAUUGCAUAACAAUAUUUUUUGCACAGUAUUGGCGACUGUACAGAUGUUGCAACAUGAUAUGGGGGAAUAUUUUCAAGUAAACAUGGAAGCUUGCAUUUUCAAACACUGUCUCCUCACUCUGGAACAUUUCCUCCAGGGCAAUGACUCUAAAGAACUGAAUGUGAUCUGACGUCGUCCCGUAUAGAUUUGUGGUCAAAGAAGCCGGUCAGAGAGGGAUCGGUUCUUGGUUUUGUCUGCCUGUGACAGCAGGAUUUGAGGAGUGAAAAGCAAAUAUAUUCUGUGUGAUGUCUGCAUCUUGGAAACAGUUUUAGUUUUGAGUAAUUAAAAGUGAAAAGUUAAAGACUACCUGGAGAACUUUUAAACUUCAGAAGAAGCAGAUUUCAUAUCAAAAAAGCAAGAAUGACAUGAGGUUUAACCUGACGAAGGGUAUCUGUUACCAUUAAGGUGAGUUUAAGUCUCACUUUUCCUGCAGACUAUUACAUAUUUUUGCAUGAAAAUAAAUCACAUACCAUUGCCAAAAUGCUCUGUGAGGUAAUCAUGGGUGAUGAUACCAUGCAACGGUGAUCCGGUUCAUGUGGGUAAACUCGCUCUGCAGCUGUGGAUUCAUCUGUGGGAGUUGGCUGGCAGGAGGGCUAUAUAAAACACAGGGGGCAGACCUUGUAUAACAUCGGUGAUUUAGUGGUCUGCAGAUCUCACGCUUUGUGUUGAUUUGGCUGCGAAUUUCUUCCCCCCUUUUCCUGAAGCUCCACAAAAGGGUCUCACGCGAAAACAGAAUUUUCUGGAUGUGUUAUUGCAUUUGUCAGGCAAAAGUGUUUAGCUUGGAUGGAGAGGCCGUACAAUCAGGGCUGUCAUAAACUGGUGGAGUCCCCCUCUUUUGGCUCCGUCGGUGAUUUGUUAGAGGUGUAAUUAAGUUCUUACACAGAUAGCACAGAUGCUGUGAAGUGUGUGUGAGCGCCCUUCACUCAGGCUCCACUCUCUCUCUCUCUCUCUCUCUCUGUGAAUUUAAACUAUUAUUGCUCAGUAUUAAGUGUCAAUGUUAAUAGUUCCCCCACGUCCUCGACAAUAUGUUUAUUGAUUUUGGAAAACACACACGGGAUGAACAUGCAGGACAUAAAGCGAUCUUCUUAAUUGAGCUAACUCACAAAGUGACAGCUUAGCAGUCGUGUUUUCUUGUUUCUGACACUAACAGCUCUGAAAAAAAGACGACUUUUUCCUGUUUGGGUACUACUGUGUGGGACCGAGCCUUCUUAGUGUCAGUAAAGCCAAUCGUGACUCUGCAUGAGCCUGCGGUGAAUAAAUGUUUUUGUGUUAGGUCUGUCCACAUUCAACUAUAUCAAAUCCAUUUCAUCACCGUAUAAUGAUUUUCACUGGCUGUGUGGAAACAUGUUUUUAAUGAAAUCUGAGAAGCAGUCUACCUUUUGGACUGUUUUUUGCUUUGCAUUAAAACCGAAGAAUCAUAACUGUUUGUACAGCGAGUUUAAAAAAUGCUGGUAGAGAAAUAAACACAGACCUACAUUUAUUAUUGCAUUGCAGUAGACAAACAUGGUGGCGCCAUAAGGCCCUGCUGUUGUCAACUGUGCAGUGAACACUGUCCAGCGCUUGGCACGUGUUCACUCAGUUUCCAGGAUAUGCAGAGACUCUCAACGCACAAGCUCAUAACAAACAUCCUCCAGCGUAACUACACUCCUCAAAUAUACAAAACCCAAUACUUUGAGUGCUGCCAAAACAAUAGCCGUCUGACACUACUAAGGAUGUCCAUUUCCACUUUGUGACAGCUCCCCACAUUCUUACAGGCCAUUAUUGGGCCCUUGACAGUGUUUAACUCAUUAUGCCAGAAGCGGUUUGUAAGUGAUUUAUAUCAAAGAUAAUUGUGCCACUUGACUUUGCUGAGUGCUCUCACAGCUCAUGCAUGUGCGAAAUUUUUCAAUCUGGAGUUUUACAUUUACCACUUUGAAGUGGAUGUCUGUGUUUAGGGAAACGUGUAACAGGUGUGAAUCCUAAGGCGUGACUACCAGAGGACAUCUGGAUAUAAAGUCUCGCAUGUAGUUCGGUGAAACAAGGAGGAGAGUGCUGUUCGAUGCAACCAAUUAAAUGCAAGUUUGAUUGGUUUGGCAUCAGAAGUCAUUUUAGUGAUUCAGGACUGUAAAUAUCAUCCACUUGAUUCUGAAGAGGUGUGUGAAGCCUAAUAGAUGAGAGCAAUCCAUCUAGGUACCCAUGUACCGGUGAAAGCGGUUCAUCUAAAAGGCUUUGCAGUUAAUGGAAAUUCUGGGGUCUUUAAAAACCCAACACAAUAAAAACACAUUAUUUAAUUGAUAUUUAGAGCCCAAAUAUGAUGGCUAGUUAGACUAAUGUAUAAAUUGUGACUUUUCAGUGAUGAACAGUGUAACAAAUAAAGAUGUAGGUUAAUGGUUAGCAUGAUCGUCCUCUCAGUCUGCCUCCAACAAACUCAAAGUGUCAGUUAACUGACCUUACUUGUAGGGGUGUCCCGAUACGAUAUUGAUAUUGGAUAUCAGUCAGAUAUCAGCAAAAAAAAGAAUAUCGGAUUAUAUCGGAUUAUAUUGGCCUGCAUCUAAAAUCUCCGAUAUCAGCACUCUGAUACAAGCAGUCCAUUCCAGACUUCGCUCCAGCACCUCUAUCUAGCAGCGCCCAGAUCCAGCAUGCAGAGCCCUCAAAAUCACAAAAACAGUGUGUACUAACCAUAGUCUGUAUGUAGAAUGGACGCCGUCUGCCUCCUCGCUGGGUGAAACCACCCCGAGAACAGCACCCUCUGGUGGCGGGCUGCAGUAUAGGUCAUAAAUCCUGCCUCCGCCAGCUAUCCUUAUGGAGCUGUGGACAAACUUUAUAAAUUAAUUACACAGAAUAUAAGUGUUUCUCCCUCCUGCUUGUGAUGUUGACAUGUAGUUACUGUCAGACUGGUUUGUGCUCAAGUCCUCUUUUUUUCUGUGCAGUUCUAUUUUUAAAAGUUAUAAGGGGUUCAUGUUUUCUAUGAUUGACACUUGAUACAGCCAGUCUCUUGGCGACUCUCCCGCCUAAUGCACACAAUGCCACUGUGCAAUGUUGGUUUCAGGAAGCGGAGAGCUUUUUCGGCUUCUGGUGGAAGGCGGAACCAAUUUGUCCAUAGUAUAUACAGUCUAUGGUACUAACAUGCUAACAAAGUAGCAAGGAGUAGAAGUGAUGUUGGCCUUGUUGCAGUAUUUUUUGUUUAGGGCUGAAAAAGACGUUGCAACUGAGUGAAAAACUUAUCAUGCACAAUUUUGCGCCAAUGUCGGAUCAAUAUUGGUAUCAGUCAAUAUUGAAAGCUUCAAUAUUGGUAUUGUAUCAGAAGUCAAAAAGUAUUGGGACAUCCCUACUUACAUGUGUGUAUUUUUACUCACAAGUAUCAGUACGCUAAUUCAUAUUUAGGCUUGAAAGCUCUAAGAUGAGCAUGAGAAGCUGUUAUAUUUCUACUUUAUUCGAUUGAAUCACACUCUGCUUGAGCUAGAACCAGCUAGCAUUUAUUUCCAGCUGGCACCUUUGUAAAUAUAAUGGGAAAUAUAAAUGAUGUGACUAGGAUAUCACUACAAAUAGCUUUUGCCAGUGGCUUUGUGAAUAAUCCAGUGGCAGAGGCAGUGUAGAGCUCCUGCUGUGAAAGAGCGCUAUGAAUGGCAGCCUGUGGAGACCACAGGGACUCAACACCAGGACCAGAGUUCACCACAUUUAUCCUCUCAAAACCACAGGACUUUUCUCUUACCAUCCUCAGUCCUUCAGGGCAGAAUACAAUAUUGUAAAAGGAUAUUGUUUUUAUGUUGGAAGUACAAAAGGCUGCGCAACAGCAUUCAGUCCCGGUGCUGCUCGUGUUUUCUAAUCUACCGCAGGUGCUGUAACCUUUCACGUGAAUAGAGGUGUGGACAUAUUUGAUGACAUUUAAUUGCUCCCAAGUAAAAAUAACGACUCAAGCUAGCUUUAAGUCAAACUAAAAACAGAGAGGUGAAGCUAUGAAGUCGCUGCUUGGUAAAUUAUAAUACUGGUGUCCGUCUGUGGUCCCUAAUGGAUAUUAUAAGUAUGUCAAUGAGAAGUUAAUGCACUGAUUUGAUAGCUUACCCAAGACUCUUAGUCUAUGAACUGGACAAAACCUUGAGAUUUGUGACCCUGUCAUAGCCGUACAUAUUUGUGCUGGUUUUAUAGAAUAAUUCAGACCAGAGAGUUCACAGUUUACUUUGGUUUUGCCCGUGUUAAAGACCGCAACCACAUCCACAAGUCCUGAUCCAACACACACCCCUUAUCAUCGUCUCUCAUACCUCAGGAAUCCAUUAUUUAAACUUGUUUAGCUAAGCGGAGGCACUUGUACAUACAACAUCCGAUGAUGACAGAUAUCUCACUAGAGUUUAUUCGAGAAAAUCAGAGUGUAAACCAUUAAUCAUACUUUUUUUCUCCUGUGCAUUGUCAUUUCAGACCGGAAGAAUAAAGGAGACCGGCAGGACGAUACAAACAGGAGGGAGAGGGAGAAUUCACGGGGGCGAGGGCGAGGAGGUGGAGGAGGAGGCGGGGGAGGCGGAGGAGGCGGAGGAGGAGGGGGAGUAGUAGGAGGAGGAGGAGGAAAGAGGAGAAGAGGCCAGAGCAGGACCACCACCUCUGUUCCCAGCAUCACAACUAGCUCUGUGUCCUAAACUCCACCACCUGCUGGAUGGGGCGUAGAGGAAAAAACAGACAUUGCUUCACCCCACAUCAGCAGCCACAGACGAACAAUAACGAGAUGAAGGAAAGGUUAAACGCUGCUAUGCAUUGUAGAAAAUGCAAAGAGAACUGGAGGAGGAUUGCUGCAACACGAAAGGCUGCUCUGAGCUUUCCAAAAGAUGAACAUCUCUGGAAGAUACUGGUCGUACAGUCAGAAAGACUUGAUUUUUGGUUCCCUGAUGAAUUUUGGUCGGACGUGUUCAUGUCAUGAGACAAACCGCGUCACUUCUUGAACUGAGAAAAGAUAUGAGAGUUUCAAAUGCAGCACUCAGGCUAAAAGUCUGAUCAUAAACGAGGACUCCAGACCCCGAUUUAAUCCUAAUCUGAUCUUCAUUUGGUUUGUGAGGAUUUUUUCAACAGCGGCUGUAAAUGAUGUAAAGAUGGUGAAUAGUAUAAAGUCUUUGUACCUUUAUUUCUUAUUGUGAUAUGAAAAAAAAACGAAAGGCACUGGAAAUCAUUUGAGGUUGCUGAGGUAAGAAGGUUUUCUAUGUAUUAUUUUGAGGAAGGGAAUCUUAUGACAAAACAAGCCUAAGAAGAGAUGAAGAGGAGGAUUACUGGGAGCUCCUUCUCCGGUGUCUUGACACAAACUCUUGCCAUUUGAUAGCUUAUUGUUUGUUUCGAAUUAAAUGUUGGUGUUUGUAACUCUGCACAGAAAAAAGGAGGAGUAAAAACAUGAUUAUUUGCAUGUGUACGGGGCUGCAUGUGCGUGCCUCUGUGCAUGGAAACAAGUGAGUGUGUGUGUCCGUCUCUACCUGGGUGUUUGUGUUCUCUGUAUGCAUUUUCUGCACGGAAUCCAGUUGUUCGUAGGCGGAACUUAGAUGUUUGUACAUGUGUGUUUACAUUGGCACACGUGUGAUAAUAUUGGUCUUAUAGAUUGAAGGAAUAGGAUCUGAAACAAGAGGAAGGACGUGUACAUCCACAGUGAUAUAUCAAAUAUGCAGUAACUCCAAACCACUGAUUAUUAUUAUACAAGCCAUCCAAUCAUCAGCUGCUCAGUAAUCAUGUCUGUUUGCAACAGGGUCUGAAGAUUUUGCACAACUUUAAUGUUUCCUACUGCUCGAGUUUCAGAACAAUUAUAGCAUUUUACUUGUUUAUCCUUUCAAAGCUGGCUUGAUGACAUUGCAGACACACACACACACACACAGAGUUUUCUCUCUUUUCUCGAAUGUUGUUCAUGGGUCUGUUUGCUUCACACAAGGUAUUAGUUUCAGGAGGAGUUACACACUACAUUAAUCAUUCAUACUAUGGAUUGUGAUACUGAAUAUGUCCAGCUGUGCUUAUCAUCAUCAAACAAAAGAAGUAUUAGUAUCAUCAUGUAUAGCUUAUUCUGUGAAAGCCUGAAUAAAGUUCAGAUGAAGCUGAUGAAACUUCAGUCAUGUAAUGAUUUUGCAGCACCUUGUAUUCAUCGAUUUGUCCUCCUGUAUUGCAUAAUUUACACAUGAAGAUGAUUUUUUCUUCUUUCUUAUAAAACUUCACUUCUGCAGGUGUUUUUCAUCCUUCUUAUCCUUAUCCUUUUCGGUGUCAUUUUCAUGUUUUCCAACUGUUUCUACUCGUCACAGUGAGUUUGCUAACUUAAUUGCCGAAACCUGGAAGUUCAACAAGUUUUAUGGUGCAAGAAACUCAAGAAAUAAACAAAAACAGGUUUAAACAACCCCCCAAGGAUUAAGUAGAUAAUGAAAGGAAGAAACAAACAAAAGAAAAACACACUGUUUGUGUUGUAUUUUUGAGCUUUUCCGAUUUUAUUGAGAAGAUGGGAUGAUGGGUAGGAUAGUGGGGGAUGACGACGAGGGAAAGGUUGCAGGUGGGAAUCAAAC